GAAUCAACACCAACAUGAUGACACACUUUUUCUUACUAGGGUCCUGGCCAGCCAGAGCUCUAGUGUGGAGAUAAACAAUCCUUAGGUUUAGGGCUUGCUGGAUGAGCUGGCAAAGGGAUGGAGCCAGAGCUAAGAGCACCUGCUUUGUGUACAGAAGUUCCCAGGUUCAACACCUGGCAUCUCCAAGUAGGGAUGGGGGAGCUCCAAGGUUUAAAGGAGCUGCCGGUACCCCUGGAGGUGGGAAGAUGCCCUCUCACCACCCCCUCCCCCUCCAAGACACCCUUAGAAACCUUUCAAAGGCUGGAUUCCUCUUUGAUUGAAAAGAGGAAUCCUUACCAGAUUCCCCUUUACAAGCAUCACCCUUUGAACUGUCAAAACGGGUCAAACUGGUCCAUAACAGACCGGGCCCGGUUUGGUUUGAACUUGGAACAGUUGCCUUUUUAAAAAGCCAGUUUGGUUCAAGUUUGAAUCAGUCGAACCGGGCCAGUGCAAAUCAAACCCAGUUUGAUUCAAACCCAUUCUGUAUACCUCUACUAGAUGGCCCAAUGAUCUGACUCAGUAUAAGGAGAUUUCAUAUUUUCAGUACAUUUCCCAGAUUAGAAGACUUUGCCUGUUAGCUUUUAAGACGCCACAAGUUUCCUUUAUGUUUUUGCUGUUAACAGAUUAAGCUUGCCUGCCCCUCUAGAAUUUGGAAGGAAGAUUAAGUGUGCCCUCUGGUGGUUGCAUAGUUCACUUGAUCUUGAACCAUUUCUUCCCCACAAGAUAAGAAACAACCUUCCCUGAAAUAAAUGGAGAGUACAACAGUAUCCAAGAGUAUUUUUAAUGCCAUAUUUUCUGUCUCUAGGUAAUGGUGAAAGGUCGUCAUGCCAAGCAUGGGUUUUACAUGUUUAAUUAUGUGUACUCAUCUUCGGUACCGAAUAAUCAAACUCAGAUUAAGAAAGAAGAGGAUGACAGCAAGGACAUUUCCAAUGCCACACCUGAAUCAGACACGAAACAUGUACCAAAGAAGCCUACUGACAGUCAUACAGCAUCAGGGAAGAGUGAAGGGAGUAAAGAGCUAGUUGAAACUAGAAGUGACAGAAAGCCUGAAGAUCCAACACCAACUGAAAGCAGCCAGAAUCUGUAUGGACAGCAUGGAAACACUCAACAUUGGAGUCUCUAUCAGCAUCACAUACAGUUCACGGUAGGCAAAGGAGGAAAUGAAACUACUACAGGAGAUACCAUAAUUGAAGUAGAUGGGAGUGGAGAUGCAGGUUUUCCUGGCCAAGUUGACAGCCAUCUUGGAAUUGUUAUUGGCAAUGGACAACAUAAUGCCCAAGGCAAAGACCAUAAAGACACAAGAGGCAAUGGCUAUAAUAAACCUUUGGGGAAAGAGACAGAUGGUAAAUCUGGGAUAUCUAGUAAGAUCAAGUCAUCAAAAGACGGCUACAUCAAAACUAGGAUAAAAGAGAAUGAUGCUGAUGUCAUCCAAAAAGUCAGUUCUUAUAUCCCAAAGAAAAGUAUAGAUGUACAGAGCAAAGAUUAUUCAGAGGUUGAUUUCAAAGGCAAAACUGAUGUCACCAAUAAAAAGCCAGGUAGAGAAGAAAGUGGUCACCUUGAGUUGUUAGACAAAGGCAAAAGGGAUAAUUCUACCUCCAAAGGACAUCCUCAUUCUAAUACCCAAAGCAACAUUUCUCUAGAUCUUCUAAUGAAAAUAGGAAACAAAAUAAAUGGAAGCAAACACACAAAUUUUUCUGACAUGGAUGAAAUUAAAAGCACAAGUAAAAAGGUUGUUAGCAAUACUAAAGUGCAGAAGAAAAGUGAAGAUGGAUAUGCUACGAUUAUUAUUAAACUGAAUGGACAGAAGGACAGAUCUGGAGUUACCAAAACAACAAAAGAAGGCAAAGUAAGAGAUGAUAUAACUAGUGGCAGCCACAUGAAAGCAACUGGGGUCAUCAAACCACAUAAAAAAGAAGGGACAGUGGAUGGCAUUGAUGGAAGGUCCAACAACCAUAUUGAAAUGGCAGGUGUCUCCCAGAUACAUAAAGAAGAAGGUGAAGCUGGUGUCACAGGGAAGUUUAUCAGUCAAGUUGAAGAUCCUGUUUAUACUAGGACAGGUAAAACAAGCCAACAGGAAAUUAUGUUGAGUGGGAAGCUUAACAGUUCUGUGGAUACAUUUGGAGUUACUAAGUUACAGCCAACAGAAGGAGAUCAAAUUAUUACCCUUAGAGGAGUUUCUGACAUCCAAGUAUCAGAUCCUGGUACAAUACAGCAAGGCCAAAAAGGAAUUGGGGGAAUUGGUAUCAUUCACAGGAAGUCUAAUACUGGCAAACAGGGUUUUGGUUUCACCAAAGCUCAUCAAAAAGAAGUUGGCAGUCAUGAAAAAAUAAACAGAAAUGCUCAUGCAGGCAAGUUGGAUGAUCCAGAUCUGCGAGGAAAAGACAAGGACAGGCCUGGUGUCACAUUUCAAGAAGGCAGCAAGGACAUCAAAAAAGUAAAGAUAAAUUACAGUAAAGACACUGGCAUUGCUGUAGGUCUUGAGAGAAGUAAGAUAGAUUCUUCCAGCCCCAAAGAAGAACACAGAGGUCAGACAUCCAGUGGGAUCAAAAGUGCUCUGUCUCUACAUCAUGGAUUGCACAGCAAUAUCAAACAUGGCCAGAGUAAAGCCUGGAAAAGCCAAGGGCAUUCUUCAUCCACUCUGAAGAAUGAUGGGGAAAGUAUAAGGUCAGGCAAAAAGGGCUCUCAGGUUCACCCUGGAACAUAUGGAGGCAGCACAACUAAGCGAUACCAUGGGCAUUCAGGCACCUGGCAGAGAAAGAGAAGUCAGCAUGAUACAAAGAGUAAAAGGGUGAGGAAAGUUCAUGGAAAAGAGAGCAGCUCCUCAUCUGAGAGCGAGGAAAACAGCAGGCAUGACAGUCGCCAGUCAUAUGAAGACUACCAGAAUGAUAAGCCUGACAGUUACCAGUCAGCUGAGAGUGCUGAGCAAGACCUCUCUGCUGAAAGUAACCAAACUGGUGAUCACAGCCGAAUGGAAGGCCAGGAGACCUAUUCCCGAGAAGAUUCCCAUGAGCACCAAAGCAAUUAGGAAUUGCUUAAAUUUGUAAACAGAAAAGGCCUGAUGGCGCUCAGUACAUAUAUUUAGGCCAUAUGUACUACAGAUGCACAAAUCAAUUUGAGCUCGAAAUGGGCCAUUACAAGUGUUUUGAGCUCAAAAUGAAACAGCCCCAUUUCGACUUGAAACUUAGCAUGUUGGCCCGCCUCAGAGGUCUGCUCUACUAGGUUGACCAGUCCUCUGAGGCGGGCCUACUCACUGUGUCUACACAUGAGCGGAGGGCUCGACUACCCGUUGACCCCAAUCAGCGGUUUUUCCAGGGAGAACUGGUCUACCGAUUGGGAUCAGUGGGUAGACCAGCCCUCCACUCCGGACUUGGCAUGUUGGCCCGCCUUGGAGGACUGGUCUACCUGGAAGACCUGUCCUACCUGCAAAACCAGUCCUCCGAGGGAGACCAGUGUGCAGAGGGCUGGUCUACCCACCACAUGAGGCGGGUAGAUCAGGCCUCUGCGCCAGACAGCAUGUCGGUCCACCUUGGAGGACUGGUCCACUGAUCCCAACUGGUGGACCAGCUAUCAAGGUUGAUUUGUCGAAACAGCAGGCAAAAACUGAGGAUUUUGUAAUUCAUUUUGAGCUCAAAACAAAUUGCAGAAUCUAUUUUUUUAAUCUCUAAUAUGUAAUCCAUAAUUAAUUGAUGAUGUAUGUGGUGUAAAAUCAAAAUAAGGGACUGUCAUUAUUUUAAGGGACUAUCAUUAGCACUGAACCAAAAUUUCUCACAAUCUAUUGUAAGUAUUUUCAGCAGUGCCAAAGUAAAGUUUUUCUUUUAUAGUUAUUUUCUGGCACUACUGGCAAAAGUUUUAAGAGUAUUCAUUUAAAUUGGCCCUCAUUUGUUUUCACUUUCUAUUGCCCUCAGUGAUGUCAUAAUGCUGCCAGAUCUGAUUGGCUAUGUAGGACCAUGACUUCAUCCUAUUCACAUUGUGAUCCCUGAUUCAGUGAGGAUCACCCAUUUGGUUAAUCCCGGAAGAAAGCAUCAGCAGAUAUUAUUAUUAUUAUUAACAUUUAUAUCCCGCUCUUCCUCCAAGGAGCCCAGAGCGCUGUACUACAUACUUAAGUUUCUCCUCACAACAACGAACAACCCUGUGAAGGAGGUUAGGCUGAGAGAGAAAUAACUUGCCCAGAGCCACCCAGCAAGUAUCAUGGCUGAAUGGGGAUUUGAACUCAGGUCUCUCUGGUCCUAGUCCAGCACUCCAACCACUACACCACACUGGCUUGCAAGAUAAAAAGUUAUGGGAUGAUGCUGAAGAAGCAGUCAGGAAAAGCAAUGGCACCAAACAGGAUUGAAAAGGGGUGUAUAUUAGUGCACCAAGUGCUUUUUCAGAAUAAAUUUAUACUUCACCAAAAUGACCUGAAAUCAAAAGCUGAGAUGAUUUGUCAUAGUUCUAGUAUUAUAUAAAUACUAAUAUACAAAUAUUAAUGUAGUCAUGGCAUUUAAGUUAUUUUACAGUAAUGUUCUCAAUCUAACUUUGAUGGUAUAGUAGCAAAUUAUUAGCUGGAGAACUGAUUCAGUUUUAUUAUUUUUAUUUUCCUUUAAGAAAAACAUAUGAAGCAGUAGUGCUAUAUUUAUAAAAUACAGCAUGCAUGCUAAUAACUGAUGGUAUGAUAAUGUUGUAUACCAAUAAAGUACUGGAAAC